UGAAUAAUAUCAGUCAAGUGCCUUACUGAGAUCCAGUAGAUAAGAUACUUUGCGUGCACUUGCAAAAAUCAAGGCUGCGCCCUUUUAGCUUGCAAACUGUUUACUCUGUGACAGGACACUGGCUAGGGGUAAUAUUUACAGUAACAGGUAGGCAGGUCGGCCGAGGCACACCUGGAGUGACGUCACCGGAGCAGUCUGACGGACAGUCGGGGAAGCAGAUGGGAAGUUGGCGAGGCACGAAAGCAGCGCCGACUCGCCUUGUUUUUAAUGAAAACACAAACUUUUGGACGCAUCGCAAAAGGAGGCGAGACCCGCUGGACCGAGUUGCAUAGAAAAAAGUCUGUGCGUGUGGUUUUAUUCCUGAUUGUGGCUGUCCCAGUUCAGCAGGACAGAGGAGGGGAGCAGACAGUGUCCAGUAUGACCAGCAGUAUAUUGCUCGCUUCUGGCUGAGAGACCCAGAGGUACAGCAAGCCGUGUGCCGAGUCUGGCAGGAUGUAUAGAAAAUCAGGGCAGGGGGCGAGUAGCGGGAUGUCUCAGCGCCGGUCUGAUGGCUUCGUGGGAGAUCAGGCUCCCCUCUUGUUGGAGAACCAGUUCGCCUCCGAUCUGCAGCUGGACAGCCAAUCCGGACCUCUGGUGAAGAGGGUCAGCCAGUCCCGGGGCUCUCCCCCACAACCCCACGUGACCGGCGCCCCCUCUGCUCAGGAGGAGAAGGCGGCAAAGGCCCAGAUUGUUCUGAGCACCGAAAGCAAGGCCGCCCUGAAGCUGGGCACCCAGCAGAUCAUCCCCAAGAACCUGGCCGUGGCCAGCCGGACCAAGGUGCGCUACCACACCACCGUCGUCACCCUGCCCGUGCCCCUGGAGCCCGCGCAGGACAAGCGGGCCUCUGCCCCGGCUCUGGAGGUGUCCUGGGAUGGCCACGAGAGUGACGAGGAGGACUGCACGCUGGCGAGGAAUCGCCGGAACCAGUCGUACCGGGCCGCCGUGAAGAGCCUGGACAACGGCGCCCUGCCGCUGCCCGCCACGCUGUCCGCCCUCAAGCCCGUCUCGGAGGAGAAAGAGCCCGGCUCCCAGCCCCCGCGAAGCAGUGCCCGCAGCCCUGGCCGCAAGAGAACCCUGGGACGGAAGAGGAACACGAAGCACAGCGGCUCUUUCAAAGAUGAGCCUCGGCUGUACCAGGAGAUCCGGGAGCGCGGCCUGCACUCCACCAACCAGAACACCGACGACGAGCUGCUGGACGACUUCGUGCAGCUGGAGCACCCCGAGCCCGACCAGGGCAUCGUGGUGAAGAGCUACCGGCCGGCGCAGGUCACCUGGAGCCAGCUGCCACAGGUGCAGGAACAAGGUAUUCUUCAGAGGAUCUCAGCAGAGGAGCGCAAACGACAAGAGGCCAUCUUCGAGAUCAUCACAUCCGAAUACUCCUACCUGCACAGUCUGGGCAUCCUGGUCCGUCUGUUCAAGGGGAGCAAGGAGCUGCGCCGGACCAUGAACAGCACUGAGCACCAUCACCUCUUCUCCAACAUCUCUGACAUCCAGGCGGUCAGCCAGCGGUUCUUUGAGGACCUGGAAAAGCGACACAAGGAAAACCCAGUGAUCAGAGACAUCAGUGAUAUCGUGCAGAACCAUGCCGCCAACUACUUCAACCCUUACAUCAUCUACUGCUCCAAUGAGAUGUACCAGCAGAGGACCCUGCAGAAGCUGCUCUCGAGCAACAGUGCCUUCAAGGAGGUCCUGAAGCAGAUCGAGGUCAGCGAGGACUGCGGAGCCCUGCCCAUGAUCUCCUUCCUCAUCCUGCCCAUGCAGAGAGUCACCCGCCUGCCCCUGCUCAUGGAUACCAUCUGCCAGAAGACCCCUCCUGAUACUCUGGAGUACAGCGCAGCAGUCUGGGCCCUGAAGGCCAUCAGUAAGCUGGUAAAACAGUGCAAUGAUGGAGCCAGGAGAAUGGAGAGGACAGAGCAGAUGUACACCAUCCAGAAACAGAUGGAGUUUGGCAAGAUAAAGCCUUUUCCCCUCAUCUCGGCCUCUCGGUGGCUACUGAAGCGAGGGGAGCUGGCUGUCUGCACGGAAGAGCUCAGCAUCUUCUGGAAGGCGUUCAGCAACAAGAGCUACUACCUGUUCCUCUUCAAUGACGUGCUUAUCGUCACCAGGAAGAAGAGUGAGGAGAGCUAUGUGGUGAUGGACUAUGCCACCGUGGAGAACGUGGAGGUGGACAUCCUGGACAAGAGCGAGGUCCAGCCCUCACCCACUGGCAAAGUCACGGGCAGCUCCUCCCUGUACUCGCUGAAGGUCCUGAUGAAGAAGAACAGCGAGGGACGUGCAGAGCAGAUCGCCCUGGUCACGGAGAGCCAGAUCGAGCGGGCUCGCUGGGUAACAGCUCUGCGGAGACACAAGCAGGCUAAAAACAUUAAUAAAGAAGAGCUACCCCAGUUUGAGGUGAUCAAAGCCUACAUGCCGAAGGAGCCCGACGAGCUGGGGCUGCAACAGGCAGACGUGGUCCUGGUCCUGCAGAAGGAGGAGGGCUGGUACCAUGGCGAGAGGCUCCGGGACGGAGAGCAUGGCUGGUUCCCCGCCGGCUGCGCCAACGAGAUCACCAACCGGGUGGCCGUGGAGCGCAACGUGCGGCGCAUGGAGAGGCUGCGCAAGGAGACCAACGUGUGAGACCGGCAGCACGGCCGCCUGGACACGCCCACCGCUCCGUGGGGAGAGCGCAGACCUCCGUCCACCCCGAACUCCCGUACUGCGACGUCCAGGAGAAUCUCUCAGCCCUUCUCUUGCCGACUUGCGGAUUAGUUCAAAACCUUCGGAUCCAAUACAUUCCCCUCCAUUAUCCUCCCAGCUUAUGGAGUAUAAUGGGCAUGAAGACCAGCAUGAUAACAGACCUGCAACAGCACUGACUGUGCAUUGUCUUCACUGGAGCACUAAGGUCAGGGACAAAUCACCUUUUUCCCCAUUUCAUAUAAUGGAUCUAAAGAGUUCGGUGGAUUGCAGCUGCAUAGAUUUCUGGGGACUGUAUAUUCAGAAUCUGUUUCUUACUGCUGAACUUUCUUAGAUCUGGCUUUGAUGUCCUUCCAGGAACUGCCCGAGCAGGGUUCAGAAAGUGAGGGUCUUGCACACACUGGAAAGGCUUUGCGGCCAAAGAGGCCAAAGAGUGAGGAAAAUGGAAGUGAAAUGCGUCUGUAUUUAUGGUUAUCGAUGGAGUAGAAACCUUUAACAGAUUUUUUACAUGUUUUUUAAAGACUUAAUCUGUGCUAUUAACUGGGAGACGAUUUGUGUUGAAUAUAGUUACAAUGAAUUAAAUUUACAUUUAAGUGUAUGACAUUUUUGGUGUAUACUUUAUAGCCGAAUCUGUCAUUUAGGAUAACGACAAAUAUUGUGCAUGCAAAGUGCCUUGAGCAGCACCAAAACGUGUUCCACACAGUGCCCAUAUUUUAUCAAUGCAGUGAUAAGCCAUAAAGGGCUGAUGGGAACUAGUUACAUUUUUAAUGGCAAAAGUGAUAACCGCAUCCAUAACAUAAUUUAGCUGAUUAAAGUACAUUCAGAGACUUGGAAGUGUGCACAAGGACUUGAAUGUAUUACUGUGCAAAUGGAAAUGUUGGUAAUGCUGAAGCAGACUUCAUACAGGAUCAUGUGCAUCACUGUCACUGGCUGCUUCCUGAUGUGCACUGCUGUGCUCAGUACGCAAUCUGAAUGUGUUCUCAGGUGCCCUCUGAGCCUUUACCAGAAGGUGUCACUGCUGCAUUUCCAACUUUAUAUAAUUAGUAGACUUGUGUAGGAUGAAGAAAAAUUUUGUCAAUCCAUAAAACUGUGUGAUAUUCGCUAGAUGGUUCAUGUAGAUAGCAUGUGUUGUUUUUUUUUAUCUGUAAAUCUGCACAGGAAAACUAAACCCAGUAAGCACACAGGGUUGAGAAGGCAAAAGGGAAAGAAAAAUCAGGUUUGUGGUUUUUGAAGAAUUUUACAGCUGUGAGAAAGCCUUGCUUUUUUCAUUUCUUUUUGUCAUUGUCCAUUUUAUUCAACAUAAGGGAAAAGGGAAAGGGUGUGAAUAUUUUUCAUGCAUAUAUUGUAGGUCAAAGGGUGAUUUGUACAAAUGUGUUAAUAGGAAGAGUAUGUGGUAAAUGAAUUUAUAUGUUCAGAAUAAAUGUUGCCUAAAUUCAGGAGAAGAGCGAUUUGUUGUUUGAGCCUGCUCUGACAAGAUGAUGGUGGUCAUCUUCCAUGUUAUAGGGCAAUGCUGUGUGGAAAGACCUGUCAGGCAAAGUAUUUCUCAUGCCUAUCCUUUCUCCUUCCUGUGUCAGUCACAAAGGGUUAGCUUACGAGUCAAAGACAAUCAGGACUGUAAGGUGAAAACAGCUAGGCUUUUUGCCAAAACACUGCUGUCAAAAAGUUUAAUUUAUUCACCUGAUACAUACAGGUAUGGAUAUAGAAAACAUAUAUCAUAAACAUUAAACCAUACAGCUUUAGGAUUCAAACAAAUACAAUCUUAAUAUGGGUUAGAAAGACCAUAAUUGCUCACGUUACUUGUUCUAAUGAUAUAAUGCUUGUAAGCAGUAAUGCUUUUUAGUCCACUGUCGACCAGGUUAGUGUUCCAUGUGUCAUUCCUAAUGUCUCAUAUACUGUAUACUGCAGAUGCCUGUCAGCUGGAUUACAUCUUUACACUCUGAGGAAAGCAUGUUCGUUUGGGCUGUAUAUAUAUGUUAUAGGUUUGUACACAAAAGUCAAAUGUAGCUUAUUAUUCAUUGUUUGGACAGACCAGUACAAGGUAUGACAGCCCAUGAAGGGAAGGCCAAUAAUAUGUAUUAACUGUGAUCAUCAAUAAAACCAUACACCUCA